GUAAAGCAGGAAUGCUUGAGCACUGACAUCAGCUCAGAUAAGACGCAACAUUUGGAGGAGGAGAAGGGGAGCCAGUGGUCUCUCCCGUAAAAACAUACGGCGGUGGACGCGUGCCGCUUCACCUCCAACUGAAGAAGCUACUUUCACGGUUGACAAACUUUUUGGGGGAUUGAUUGCUUCCUGGGAGACCAGAGUGGAGACGGUGUAGUGUUUGGAGAGAAGGAUGGUGCUGGACAAGGAGGACAGCGUAUCCCUGGUGUCCUUCCAGUCCAGGGAGAAGCCUCGAGGAUGUGCCGGCUGCAACGGCAGGAUCAGGGACCGUUUCAUGUUGCAGGCACUUGACCGCUACUGGCACGAGGACUGUCUGAAGUGCGCCUGCUGUGACUGCCGCCUGGGCCAGGUGGGAUCCACCCUCUACACCCGCGCAAACCUCAUCCUAUGCCGUAGGGAUUACCUCAGGCUCUUUGGCGUGACUGGGAAAUGCUCUGCUUGCACUAAGAUGAUCCCUGCCUUUGAGAUGGUGAUGAAGGCGCGGGACAACGUUUAUCACUUGGACUGUUUCGCCUGCCAGCUGUGCCGCCAAAGGUUUUGUGUGGGUGACCGCUUCUUUCUGAAGAACAACAUGAUCCUGUGCCAGUUGGACUAUGAAGGCUGCCAUCUUAAUGAUGGUGAUGAGAGGCUGUCACAGUGAUGGGUAAGGAGGAUCAAUGUGAAUUAUUUUGGAGCUUCUCCAACUUGUUGUCGAACUUUUUCCAAGUUUACAACCUGUCGAAAGUGACAACGUAACACAUGGAUGCAAACUGAAGAUGAACGGGAGCGAAAAGCAAGAACUUAAAGGAUGG